AUGUGUCACGAUAUCUCCCUUCAGUACAUCUUGACGAUUUCCCAAGCUAUUUGCGCGACUGGUCUCACUGUUGGUCUCCGACGGAUACCAGCUGGCUUCCACGUGGCAGUACAUGCUGAUGGCGCUGAUUGGCAGACAAGCAACAAACCUGCACACCUAGACCAGCACGUCAUAGAAUGGAACGAGCGGAUACUUUUGCCAUCCGAGCCGUCUGCUAAAGUUCGGGUCAGGGUUUAUGCCUCAUUUGAAUUAGAUCCCAUGCUCGAUGAUGGAGAGCUCCUCCGCGCAGUCGAGACCUCUGUUGGAGAUUUACUGCAUCGCUGUGAAAAGUCACAUCCCGUCAUCUUUCAGCCAAAGGCGGAGGAAGUUUUAUCGCCAUUUCACCCCAUUGCCCCCAUGCUGGAUAUCGUCGUCUCGCACGAUACCACCGGACGCAGGACAGCAGGGAUCUCAUCCAAUGCAUCAAGUACUUCGAACGUGCCACUGCCUUCUGCCUCACUGAUCAUCAAUGUCACCCUGCAACACUAUUGUUCUCCGAGCUCCAACUGGUGGUCUUGUGACGCCAUCAUUAUCCUGCACAAACAACCUCCGGCUCGUGUUCGGCUCCUUACCGAUUUAAAGAGACUCGCGCGGUCAGUGCUCGCACUCCGAGAAAACAUUGACAAAGAGGCUGGUCCUAGAAAGACCCAAGCAGGGCUGAUGAACACUUUGCGGGAGCCAUGGGAUGAUGUAGUCCGCCCUGUGGUUGAAAAACUGGAUAGAUUUGUGCCACAAGGUUCCCGACUAUGGUGGUGCCCAACUUCUUACUUCAAUUUCUUGCCGUUGCAUGCUGCCGGUGAAUACAAGCGUAAUGGAAAGUCCCUUUCGCAGCUAUAUGUUUCUUCAUAUACUCCAUCCCUUACCGCGCCGAUCGGGGCCCGCAAAAGCAAUGACAGAUCCCUGUCUGUGUCUUUUGCUGCAAUUGGUCAGAAUCACCCUCCAGGACAUUCACUUCCUUUGGAGGCUGUCGAGCCUGAGCUGGAAUUGGUGCGGCGCCUCAUACCUCCUACCAUUUCCUUCACCAAGGUCACGAGCGCCGAAUCAACGAGGUCAAGAACCCUGCAAGCAUUGCAGGAUAAUCGCUGGCUCCAUUUGCGUGUCACGGAACACAAAACCUAUAUCAUACAAACAGAUCUGUCUCGACAUGAAUUCGCAUUCCUGUCGGCCUGCGGGACCGCACUUGGUGACUUUGAAACUCCUGACGAAGUGAUACACCUGGCGGCUGCCCUACAAUUUGCUGGUGUAAAGAGUACCACCGGCACAUUUUGGACUGUCGACGAUAUGACCGCCCGACGCUUGGUAGAGGCUUUCUACACAAAUUUAUGCGGGGACGGCAAGAUGAAUUCAAAACAAGCAGCCCGAGCGUUGCAUAAAGCAGUCCAGUCGUUAGCUUGUGACACGGAUAUGCCCUUGGACCAGCGCAUCGUGUUCAUGCACAUUGGCCUGUGA